GGAGCCAUGGGGCGCGGGGUCGGCUGAGGCUAGUGGGGAUGGAGCUGUGGGGCGUGUAGGGGCUAUGCUACCCGGGCUCUGGGCCUGCCGCGCCCCGCGCCCGGGCCCGCACCGGGAUGGUGAACCUAGCGGCCAUGGUGUGGCGCCGGCUUCUGCGGAAGAGGUGGGUGCUUGCCCUGGUCUUCGGGCUCUCGCUCGUCUACUUCCUCACCAGCACCUUCAAGCAGGAAGAGAGGACAAUGAGAGAUCGGAAUCUCCUCCAGGUUCAAGACCAUGAUCAGCCCAUCCCCUGGAAAGUGCAGUUUAACCUGGGCAAUAGCAGUCGACCAGGCAAUCAGUGCCGUAACUCCAUUCAAGGGAAGCACCUCAUCACAGAUGAACUAGGAUAUGUUUGUGAAAGGAAGGAUUUGCUGGUGAAUGGCUGCUGUCAUGUCAACAUGCCCAGCACGAAGCAAUACUGCUGCGAUGGCUGCUUGUCCAAUGGCUGCUGCAGCGCCUAUGAGUACUGCGUCUCCUGCUGUCUGCAGCCCAAUAAGCAACUUCUCCUGGAACGCUUCCUCAGCCGGGCAGCCAUGGCAUUCCAGAACCUCUUCAUGGCAGUGGAAGAUCACUUUGAAUUGUGUUUGGCUAAAUGCAGGACCUCAUCCCAGUGGAAGAUUACAAUUAUUUUUAAGUCUGGGUGGUGUCCCAAUAGUCCAAUUCCUGAGAGAGGUUCUCUCCUCCCUGUCUUUGACUGAAAUUUGACUAAGACUUUCCUGCAACCACUUGUUUAGAGUAAGUAGUAAUUUUUUCUGCGACAGAGUUAUGAUUUAUUUUGGGAUUUCAAGGAUUUGGGCAGGUGGGUGUUUAAAAAUACCCAAGUAAAUCUGUAGGUUGUCAAGCUCUCAAUGCUUAUUUGCAUGCUGUCAUUAAAUGCUUUGCUCUUUGGGCAUUACAUGUUGCACCUGCUGCUGAAAGCAUCUGAAAGUCUCUUGCCUUUCUAUCGCUCUUUAUCCUCAGCUCUCAGCUUUGUGGUUGGGCAUUUGUCUAGCUCUUUUUGUGAAAUCACCAGAUGUGUUUGUUAUACAAGCAUACUUCUUCUGGCUUCUAUUUGUAGUGUGUCCAAGAUUGUACUGACUUCAUCUGAGAUAACUGCCUCAUUUGUCAUUCUCCAGAACUGUGGUACCCUUUGCCAGAUUUCUGUAUUCCACCUUUUGAUUUUACUUCUCUUUUAUGUCUGUGGUUUGCUCUGAAAGCAUUCAGCAUCAUUGGGUAAAUGUUUCAGGGAUUAUAAUGAGCUUUUGAAAACAUUAAGAAAUUCCUGAUGGUCUUGUUUUGCUUAAAGAGCUUUCCACUUGAAUGGGCUUUAAAGGAAAUGUGGAAGAAACCUGAACACAUGACUCAUUUUGAUUCACAUUGUUUCUAAUUCUGAGAAAUACUAGAAAAGGUGAAGUAUUUUUUUCCUCAACUGAUAAAGCCCAGGAGUUAUUUCCAAUCUUUAGUGAAACUGCUAUACUUUCUUUGUCUUUUUAUUGUAAAUGAGAUUGCACUAUUGCCAUUCAAUUUGUUUUUACAACAGUAUCCCAAGAAAGAUAAGAUUUGGGGGUAUGUCUAUUAAAUUGGAUUAAUACUUGAAAUUUAGUUGCUCAGCAUUGAUCUUGGUCUAAUUAAUGAAUUGUAGACUAACCAAAAACUCAAGUUGCUUGUAUGAAAACAGAUUGCUGAAAAAUUAGCCGUUGGGGAUGAUUGCAUUAAAUCACAUUUCCAAUUUGCUUAGCCAAAUGAGGCUUGCCUCGUAUUGUGGGAUUUGGCUUGUGUGUGCCAAACUUUUAGGUACGUAAACUUUAUGAAAGUGAUUUGAAGUGCCUCUCCUUACUCUUUCUGCAGAGUUCAUUACCAGGAACUGAUUUUUUUGAUGCACAGGUUCAGAUGCAAAAUAUCUGCUGGGACAUAGGGGACUGGUGGUUU